AUGCCAGCGGUGAGUGACAUCGGGGAGAGGAGGUCGGGAGGCCGAGGGAGCACUGUCCUCGCCGCGCUCCUGCUAGGCAGCCCCCGCUGGCACAGAGGCCCAGCACCUUUCGUUCGGCGGUCCAGACAAAUCCUUGGGGAUACCGGGAAAAACAAAAAUCCUCUGCAGUCUAUUAAGGAGGAUACUGGAACAGGCAAGACCCAAGGUGCUUUCUGGCUUCAGUCUCUUGUCAAUGAUGCAUUCCAUGGCAAAGGAUUUCACAUAAUAGAAGAAUAUCUGCAGCAGAAAGAGAGUCACGUGCCUCAAAAAUACAACCAUCUCCUCCUACACCAUAUUGACAGACUGAUAAAUGAGGAACUGGAUAAAAAUGAGUUCUGGAAUUGUUCCCUGCUGCUGAAAUGUAUCCAGAGAUUCUUCAAAGAUGACCCAGACCAAGAGGAGCCCUUGCUAAUUCAGCAGGGACUGAUCCCAAAGAUGGUUUCCUGGUUUGAGACAGUCACAGGAUUUCUGAUGACAAACAUCAUGGCCUCAGAUGCCCUGCUGACUACUGCCCUGGGAGACUUCCUGGACACUGCACUGGUCAUUUCCAGGCACAGCAGGAAAGGGGCAAUCCAGAUGUUGGAUUCCUUCAUACGUAAUUUAGGAUUCCUGGUAGCAGAAAGCACCGUGAAGCCCUCCAUUCAGCAGGAGGCUCUGAGCACUUUGAACUGCAUCUUGGACGCCGUGCCCCGGGAAGAGAGAAGGAAGCUCUCCUCGGCAGAAGGCACACGCAGUCUUAUGAAAGAAUUGGCAAGGACAAUCUUGACUGUGGGAGAUUAUAGCCAGCAGGUUGCUCUAGCUGAGGCGUUGUGUAGACUGACCACUGGCACACUGAGGAAUGAACUUGCUCUUCAGUGGUUUGAUGAUGCUGUCCUGGCUGAAGCUUUCCAAGAAAUUAAGAACCGGGAAUUUGAGACGGACUGUCGGCAGUUUCUCAAUUUCCUGAAUAACAGACUCGGUGACAGGAGAAGGGUCUACUCAUUCCCGUGCUUAGCUGCUUUUGCUGAUGCUCAGGAGAUGAGAAAGCCAGCUGACGAAAAAUUAGAGGAAUUUUGGAUUGAUUUCAACCUAGGAAGCCAAAGCGUGACUUUUUACAUAGAUAAUAGAGAGAGUGCUCUGUGGGAGCCCGUACAACUUGUGAAGGAGGCAGUGGCCAAGUUCAGCAUAAUGGAAAAUGAUAGGAUGAAGAUGUUGGUUGUUUACCUGAAAGAGUCGAUUAUUAUCAGUAAGAAAGAAGCCAAGACAAUAGAAAUCCACUUUGAUAGGCAACUCGGCAUAUCAGAAGCUUCUGUUCGAGCUUUGGGAGAAGAAAAACAGGUGGCAGCUCUCUCUACUCCUGUUUUGAUAAAAGUCUCCCCUGGCCUUGAAAAAGAAGAUGGUGAUAUUCCUAGUAGCCACAAAAGAGAAACAGAGCAUACAGAAGAAUCUACAAUCCUGCCAGAGCCCGUGGAUGCUGAAGACCGUUGCCUAAUAACCCGCAGCUUUAAUGUUCAGUCAGAGCCUGCUGUGAGUAAAGGGAGCUGGGAAAAGAAGCAAACACAUACAGAAGACCAUUCGCCUGAAAAACCAAAAUCACCUAACCCCAAACAAGUUACCUCAAAACACGAGUAUCCUUCAGAUAUGCAAGAACCAUCAAUUCAAACUCGGGCUUCUAAAGUAAAUGAUACAAAGGAUGAUUCUGCCUUUGAGAGGGACGGAGAACAAGACAGAAGGAUGCCGUUUAAUUAUAGGAAACAUCACUUCUCUGAGAGUAAUGAAGAUUCAAGUUCAAGCACCAGUGAACGAUCUUGGACCCAGAAUUACAAACGGAAAUCCCUACGAACAUAUUCCCACGGGAGGAAGCCAAGAGUCAGGUCUCUAAGGAUCCUACCACUUUCCCCUGUCAGUGGUGGCAGAGGUGGGGAGAAAUAUCAGGCUGAGCUAACACCAGUUUGGAAAGGCAUCUCCAGGCAAAAUGAUACCAUUCUUCCAAACUUUUCUGAAACCAAACUACAAAGCACUUCUGUGAUUUUAACUCCUGAGGCAUCUACACAAAAAAUAGAAUUUCUAAGUCCUCAUUCAUCAGACAGUCUGUCUUCCUUAGAGCACCCAGAAGUUGAAGAAAACAUACCUCAGAUUGAGAGCCGGGAAUCAUUCAUGGAAAACAGUAGCUUCAAACACAAGCUAGAAAAUUCAGAACACAGAGAGACACCAGAUGGAAGUAUUGCUGCCCCAAAGCAAUCAAGAUUAGAAGAUGCUCCAGGAUCCCCCAUUGUGACAGGUAUUUCUACUUUAUCCCAAGAAGAUGUGCCAGAAAAAGCAACUUGUUCUGCCUUAAAAGCAGCCCUUGAACACUUCACUAGAGACCUGAAAAGAAAAUUUGAGCUCAAACAGAAGGAGAUUCCACUUUCUUCGGAGAAGGCAAAGGAAGUGCCAGGCUGCCUAGUCAGACUUUGGAACCAGAUUUACACGUUCAGGCUGAACAAGCUGGAGAGCUUUCACAGUUCUGUUCUUCAGGAGCUGAGCAACUUGGAGAAAGAUCUUCAGGCUCUCAAAUACCUCGAAGAGGAUGCUGUGGAGUUUUGGGAGAAGCAGUCGGCCAACUUACAAUCGUUCUGUGAUCAGCAAGCACUGAGGUUUAGCUCAACUCAGUCUUCAUAAGGAAAGUCAAAGCCUGGCUUUAUGACUGCACCCCUCAGGUACAAAUAGCCUGAGAUGGGAGAUAUGGAGAUGCAGUCUGUGGUGCCUUGGCCCAAGAGCUGUCCUUCAGAGCUAUGCUCAGCAGCAUACAGCCCUUAGCAGGUGCUGAGUUAGGGCGGGUUCACAUCGUGUACCAUAUUACCCAUUUGUUCAUUGAAACUAAGCUUCUUAUUCAAACAUGGUCCAGUAAUAGAAAAACCCAAGAUGUUCAGCAAUUUCAAGUGUCUACUUUUCAAUUUAAAAAGAGUAAACUUUAUUUUAAUUUGAGAAAUGCCUUCAAGUUUUACAGGAACUAGAACUUCAGCAGCAUCAGCAUAGGGCUUAUUUCAUAAAGGAAAAAUCACCUAGAAACAGAAUUGGAUGAGAACAGUUUGACAUGAAAUUAUAAGGGGAACACACUAGGCUCUUCAGAUAUUUCCACGUCUCUAGCCCUCUACCAAAGCAUGUGCUCAGUAGAGGAGAAAUAUUCCUCCUGAGAUCACUACUAAGUCUCCAUUGAAGUUUGUCUGUAGAGGGCUGCUUGUACAGUGGGGCAUUGAGUUUAUUUUAAAGAAAUUAAACAAAGCCCAUAUAAUCUAAAGCCACUCACAAUGUCAGAUGGCUUAUGACUGGAUCAGUAGAGAGUGCAUUGAACAGUAUGUUCUCAAUAUAAAGUAGUUAUGUUAUAGGGACCAUAUUAAUUUGUAGUUUUUUUCUAAUACAAAUGUAUGUGAUCCUAAUUGAAUUGUUGAGUAUUUUUUCUUUAUAACUUUUAAUG